GAUUUUUCUUCUGGGAUUCCUGGCAUAUAUUACUUGGUUCCUUUCUUCUGUGGAGCAAAUGUGUUGAAGUAUAAAAGGAAAAUUAAAAAAAAAAAAGCACGAGUCUGUUUCAAUAUUUUAUAUGAAAAGUAAUGUACGUGUGAUGAGGGUGAGACACUCCCACAGCUGAUUAAUUGGCAGGUUUUACUGCCUAAAUCCAGGAACAAGGUGAUGCAGCUUCCUGACAGUUUUGGGCAUUAAGUUUAUCAUUCUGUCUCCUUUCAAGCUUUCUCAAAAUUUCUCACACUUCAGGAGGGGAACAUAGUCCUCUGUCUCUGACAGUAUUGCUCUGGGUUUGUCUGUAAUAGUCUCAGGGUAUGUUCAUUUUGAGAUGUGAGUGAGUGAAUAUAGUGUUUUUAAAAAAUCAGCCUUUUCUUGACAUGUCUGUAAAGGUUUCCGCAAAAGUUUUGAAGCUCUCUGACAUUUUCUUCAAAGGACUCCAGAUUAAAGAAGAUUAGACGCUGCAGGUGCACUGUUUCGAUAAAACAUUUGAAAGAGAACAUGGUAAAGAUGAAUUCAAAUGAGGUGCCAGCCACCCGUUUAGUCCUGCAGAGUUUCAGGGGCCUGUGCCUGCUGAUGAAACGAUGUUCUGUUUGUCUUGCGGGCAAAGGUGUGAACAGGCUCCGAUGUUCACUUAAUAGAAAGGCAGUUUUACCUUGACUUCAGGAUACUGUGGACCUUCUAAGAGUGUGACUUGAUCACCUCCUAAAUCCUCUGUCUUCUGGGCAUCAAAUAGGAGGGACUAAUGCUAACUACUGUAAGUCUUUGCAUAGGUAUUUGCAUAUUAAGUGUGCAUGUUUUAUUGUUAGACCUUCUUACUUAGUUUAAUUAGCAAGUUAACUCCAGAAACAUUUAACCAGUUUCUGGCAGAGGGUCCAGAGAUGGUGACUGGGAGGUCACAAUGGUCUAGACAUGAAUUUUUUUUCCUUUGCUUCUUAAUGUUCUGUAUUUCACACAAUAGACAUUGAUGGCAGGAGCAUAAGAAUUGCCAUGUAAUUUUUACUCCACUGUCUAAUUUAUGCAAACAGUAAGUUCUUGCAGUCUGAAAAUGUGUAUUUUUUCCCCCUCUGUGCUUUGAUGGCUAACAUUCUUUUUAAUGACAGUCAUUUCUAUAACAGGAAGAUGUUUUCAUUUGUAUUUACUUUUCAGCGCAGCGCAAUUAUGCAGUUUUGCGCUUCAGUAGUGUCUCGGUACUUUGUAUCUCAAAAGAGAAUUACAGUACUUAGAACAGGACUGCAAUUUGAAGCAGGUGUUGUGUUUUACUGUUAUGCAAAAUAACAGUAAAAUAUAAUUGUGGGGGAAAUUAAGGAAACAGCUGCAAACUUGGUAUGAAAACUGCUACAUUAUGAUUUGUAAGCAGUUCUUAGCAAUAUCUUACAUCAGAGGAGCAGAGAAAGAUUUUAAUUUAGUUAAUCCUACCAGCCUGGGUGUCUAUCAACUGGUGCUAAAAGGACUCAUACUUCCCAUGAAGUUAGGAAGAAGAAACAGAACCCAAAGUGAUACUUUGUUUAAAAUGCCAGAGCACCAGGGAUUCCUCUCCUGGCAGUGCUGUUGUACUUUGGGAACUCAGGCAAGAAACGCCCAGCGGUAUUGAUGAGUAGAUCCUUGGGCUCAGAGGUUGGCUGAAACACACCAUGCCUGCUUCUAUUAUUCGCUCCGGAAAGUUGUGAAUUGCUCAUGCCUAUAGGGAGGAAGGAUGGCACAUGGGAUUCCUUCUCAAGGCAAAGUUACCAUAACGGUGGAUGAGUACAGCUCAAAUCCCACCCAGGCAUUCACGCACUACAACAUCAACCAGAGCAGAUUCCAGCCGCCACAUGUCCACAUGGUCGACCCCAUCCCAUAUGAUACUCCAAAACCAGCGGGCCACACGCGGUUUGUCUGCAUCUCAGACACACACUCCAGAACAGAUGGUAUCCAGAUGCCUUAUGGGGACAUCCUUCUCCACACAGGCGAUUUCACCGAGCUGGGACUGCCCUCAGAGGUUAAGAAGUUUAAUGACUGGUUAGGAAACCUGCCAUAUGAAUAUAAAAUAGUGAUUGCUGGGAAUCAUGAACUGACAUUUGAUAAGGAAUUCAUGGCAGACCUUGUUAAACAGGACUACUACCGUUUCCCCUCUGUGUCCAAAUUGAAACCGGAGGACUUUGACAACGUUCAGUCCCUCCUGACAAACAGUAUUUACUUACAAGACUCGGAGGUAACAGUGAAGGGAUUCAGGAUAUACGGUGCACCUUGGACCCCGUGGUUUAAUGGAUGGGGCUUUAACCUACCCAGAGGUCAGUCUCUGCUGGACAAGUGGAACCUCAUCCCUGAGGGCAUCGACAUACUCAUGACACACGGACCUCCUCUGGGUUUUCGAGACUGGGUUCCAAAGGAGCUUCAAAGAGUGGGUUGUGUGGAGCUUUUAAACACAGUCCAGAGGCGAGUACGCCCCAAACUCCAUGUGUUUGGUGGAAUCCAUGAAGGUUAUGGCAUUAUGACCGACGGUUACACAACGUACAUCAACGCCUCAACGUGUACAGUCAGCUUUCAACCGACCAACCCUCCAAUUAUAUUUGACCUUCCAAACCCACAGGGUUCCUAAAGCUCUGAACACUCAAUUGGAAUGUGAGGGAAGGUCUAUAAACUGCCAUUUUUCUAAUUAUAAACUUACAUUCUCUUACUUGUUGAUUUCCAAAUCCUGUGAGUUCUUUUUGUAAAUUGCUGGAACACAAAUGAUGCUAGAGGUUGUGCUUCUUUAUUUUUUUUUUUUUAAAUGGAGCAUCCAUUUGAAAUCAAAGGAGCCUUGUGAAUUUGUAAAAUGACUUCUGUUUUCUUAAAGGCCACGCCAUUGUAAAUUGUUAGCGUUCGCCAAAGGACAGCCAAGCUUUCUUUUUAAAAGGUGAUAAAAAUCUUAUUUUGAUAUGCUUUAAGCUGGAAGAAAAAGAGGAAAAGAAACAGGUAGGCAGUGUUUUAAAAAACCACCCAGAUUUGCACAACUGUUGAGUAUUGUUUGAAGUAUUUUAUUUUUUGAUGUUUUGUUGUUGUUGUUGUUUUCCCGAUAAUGCUUCUGUUUCGCAGACAUGGCCCGGAUUUAUAGCAAUCUUCUCAGCGCAAGUAGGCGUGGAAAAGACUUCUCUUCACACUCUCACUAUAAAGAAAGCAGUGUCAAGGGAAGAAAACGGCAUCGUUUUGAAGGAUGGCUUAGCUAGUGAGAUCCAUAGUGUGGUUAGAUGAGGUCUCUCCUUGUAUGUUUGUUUCUUUUAACUUAUUUUAGCUUUAAAAAUAUGGAAUCUGUUAAGAGCAGGUAUUUCAUGCAGUUAAAACUAAAAGUGCAGACUCCUUUUCAAUAUGGAUUUAUAUAUAUGAAUAUUUUCUGUGUACUUUGACAGUUCAGAGUUGGGUGUUGCCAAGGACAGUAAACUACAGAAGGAUGCUUUAUAUAUCAGGGCAUCUGAAGUCCGAAGGAGCUGACACAUUUUCUGAGAACUCACGGUCUCAAAGAGCUUGAGUUCAAUCUAGGUACAGUUACAGACGUGUAUAGACUUAAAUGGAUGCAAUGGAAGCUAACUAAAAUAAGGCUUAGUUGUCCUUUAUAUUUAAAUACCCCGAAUUGUCUUCUUACUUCCUCUCCCUCCCCUCAUUUUGCACUGUGUGUCGAUGCAAUCUUCGCUAGCACAAAAUAUUGUCGCUAAUAGUCAUUUCUGUUUUCCCAUUGUAAAUGCUGUUGAGCUUUAUUCUAUUUUAUGUUAUCUUGUUAAUGAAAUUUAGGAAAGCAGUUGUUUCUUUAAAUUUAUUGUGAUAUUCUAUAUCUAGCGGCCUUUAUAUGCAAAUAAAAUUGCAAGAUUUUUAAA